AUGGCGUAUCAGUCGUACCAAGUUCGCAUCAAAAUACUCCCGCAGCGCCUCCAGUCGCUCUACCUCUGCAAGGUCUCGCUACGUCCUACACCCCCCCCGCCCAUGGGCAAGCGCAGCCGCGGCAGCAGCGCCACCACCGCCAGCAACAUGAGCAACGCGCCCAGCAGCUCCGCGUCCGCUAGCAACUACGGCACCAUCGUGAACCUGGAGUCGGGCUCUCCACCCGAGUCCCGCGCCGCCGCAGCGAGUGCACUGGUGGGGCCCGUGCCCGCCGGACCGGUCACGGCGUCGAACAAGAAGGCCGGACGCGACGGCAAGAAUAUCUGGGACGAGUACUACCCGCUCGUGCAGCCCGCGCACCAGUACCACCACCGCAACGACCGCGGCUCGUCCAACUACUUCUUCCACGGCAUGUUCUCGGCCGACGUCAUGUGGGCCUACCGUGACGCCGUCAUCGCCUACCUCGUGUCGCUCUACUCGAUGGUCGUGCUGUCGCUCACGGGCCUCGUGUUCUGCAAGCAGUGGGGGAUCCCGCCCAACACGCCCAUUGUGUUCGCCUUCCGCUGCCUCUGGUUUGUCAGUCCAGCCAUCGCAUCGCUCGCACUACGCAACAUUGCAAAGCUGAGACUUCAAGCCUGCAAUACGCCCCCGCACUGGAACAUCCCGCCACUUUACCACUUAUUCAGAAGCUCGCACUCGUCCAGAUCUACGUUCCGACUCGCGCUCUUGAGCUAUGCUGUGCCAGUGCUGUGCGAGCUAGCGGCCUUCUCGUUCACAGCCGCUACGAGGAUGGUUAACCCGUUUAACCGGACCUUCGUGCGGAAGCUCGAGAUGGUGUUCAGCUUCAACGACGUUGAGGCGCUGGACUCUGGGCUGGUGUUCUAUGUGUUUUACAUAAGCUUCCUCGGAAUCUUUUGGGACCCGGUCCCGCCGCAGCGCUACGACGUCGGCCUCUCGAUGGGACUGCGACCUUUAGGUGGCGUCACCCUCGCUUCCUGCAUGACGGGCACAAGCUGGUUCUUCUUCGCGAUGAUCCAGGAGAUCGGCUGGAGCGGGUCGCUGUUCCCAGCGCUGGAGAUUGUAUUCAGCCACUCUACUAUCUUGGCGUCGGCCAUCACGGGCUGCAUCUGGGCGCUAUGGCACUGGCCCAUGAUCAUCGCCGACGCACUGGAGGUGGUGCCCAAGGGGUCAGGAUACGCUGUCGCCGAAACCCGCGACUUCCACCUGCUCUACGUGCUCGCAGUGUUUACACUCCUGCUAGUGGGCUCCCGCAUCAUCAUGUGCUGGAUCCAGGGCAACUCCAGCUACGUGAUUUGGUCCAGCGUCGUCUAUCACGCCACACACAACCUUUUUAUUACCUCGGUGUUCGGGCAGCUGACAGCCCCGCUCUACGAGAAGGCCCAGCUCUUCAGCUUCUUCAGCUCGGAGGCGUCCAUCUGCCUGCUGGUGACGGUGUGGUUCUCCACGUGCAUCUUGUCGCAGAUGUUCCGGUGGACGAACCUCAUGCCCAUGUUGCGUCGAGCCAACCCGAGCGCCACGCGCGCGCUCGCAGCCUAA